AUGUGGAACCAUGCCAUUGACAAGUUUAUGCUGGAUGUGAAGUUUCAGAAGUGUAAGAUUGACCAUUGCGUUUAUGUCAAGCAAGAUCACGAAGACGUGAUUUUUGUAGCGCUGUACAUUGACGAUUUAGGCCUCGCAAGCAACAAUGCCGAACUGAUAAAAACCACAAAGGAUGCGCUAAGUGAGCGCUUUGACUUGACGGACCUUGGCGAUCUCAAGUUCUUCCUAGGAAUGGAAUUUAAUAAAGAAUGA